CCAUGGAAAAACUAGAUUUCCUUCAACAGUGUACAGCUAGAUAAUGGCUCAUGUCCCAUGGCUCAGCUACAUAUUUUGAAUCCUUUGUAAUUUUGUAAAAGUAAAAUGAUUGUAUGGUUGUACUCUAUGUACAGCUGGCUGUGCACAAUAACCUUUGUUGUUGGACUGUUCUUCUUCUUGUACAAGGAGAUUACUCUGGGCAUCUGUAAAUCAACGGCUAAAUUAAACGGAAAGGUUGUAGUUGUAACUGGAGGAAAUGGAGGAAUAGGAUUUGAAACUGCUCUGGACCUAGCCCGGAGAGGGGCCAGGGUUAUUCUUGGCUGCCGGAGUAAAGACAGAGGAUCCAUAGCCGUCAAGAAAAUCAGAGCUGAAACCGGUAACAAGGAUGUGGAGAUGAUCAGUUUAGAUCUGGGCAGAUUUGAGAGUGUACGAGAGUUCUGUAAAAUAUUGAAGAAUUCUGUUGAUAAGGGUAUGACCAUCACGGGAUAUCAAAGAGGAAUAAAAUGUAUCCGCAAAUCUGCAAGAUGA